AGUGGCGCGUCGCGUCCCGAGCACGCCGCACGCGUCUGCCAGCCACGCCGCGAGCCGCCAGCCGCGAGCUCACACAUUCCCGCAAACUAACACGAUCGAUAACACAAACCCGCGAUAAAAAACAAAUCCUUCAACUACCAAUCUGAUCGAAACCACCUCUAAACCGCUCAUCCCGAUUAUCAUGCUAAACAUUUUUAUGUAACUCAUUUUAGAUGGCAACAUCGAUAGCGCGUGGCGCACCGGCGUCAACAAUGUAGCCAUAGUGACGCGAUCGUGUUGACAGUUUGACAGAACAUGACACUAAAAUACCGUUGAUUUUUGAAUAAAUAUGUUUAUAAAACGUUAUGUGUUGGUUGUUAUGUAUUGUUAAGAUGACGACAAUAAUUUUGGUGGUUUGAAUAGUUGGUAAAGUACUAUACGAAAAUGGGAAAUGGAAUGAACAAGGUGCUCCCCGGGCUGUACGUGGGCAAUUACCGGGACUCUAAGGACACGGUGCAGCUAGACAAGUACAAGAUCACACACAUCCUGUCCAUACACGACGCCGCGAGAAGAUUGCAUUCGGACAAGCACUACCUCUGCAUCAUGGCGUCGGACUCACCAGAGCAGAAUCUGACGCAGUACUUCAGUUUGUGCAACGAUUUCAUUCACGCCGCGCGACUCAGAGACGGAAACGUUCUCAUACAUUGUUUGGCAGGGAUGUCGCGCAGCGUGACAGUAGCGGUGGCGUAUAUCAUGUCGGUGACGCCGCUGACGUGGCGCGAAGCACUAAAGGUGGUGCGAGCGGGACGAGCCGUGGCCAACCCUAACCUCGGCUUCCAAAGGCAGCUGCAGGAAUUUGAGACGUACAAACUAGUUGAGGAAAGAAGAAGACUAAAGGAACGUUACCCGUCCUUGGCAUUAGCUGAUAGAGAUCUGUCCGAGUGCCGUGUCAUGCUGGACUCCUACCAGACCAUGUUGAACCAGCGCACCAUCUGCGAGGGAAAGUGUUCAAUGGGCAGACAAUGUCCUACUGGAGUAUGCAGAACAGGGUCGAAGCGACAACCGCGACCGAGGAAGCCGUCAGUUGCCGCAGGGUCCGCGGAAGGCCCAGGGCUGAAGAGGUCCCCGUCUACUUUAUCCACCACGUCCACUGUCUCUGGGUACCGACCGCGGUCGUCGCCAGCUGGACUUUAUAGUUAUACUGGAGCACCGUCUCGUCCGACACGUUCCACGUCAGGGUUGAGCGUGACGCGCGUGACGGACCCGGUGGGCGGCGGGACGGCCAUGGCGGUCGGAGGCACGGAGUACUCUCGGCGGAGGGCCGCCUCCGCACCUGCUACUCCUGCUCUCUCGCCAGCGUCCUCGCCACCCGGAUCGCCACAUCGAGCACCGCACAGACGCGGUUGUGCGUGGGUGAUACCCUCGGUGCAGUGGGACCCUGAUACCCUGUGACGUCACCACGUCGUCUCAAGAGGUCUUAAUCACUCUCAUCGCACCCUCACCCUCCAGAAGAUCGCGUGCCCUGCAGCGGUGUUCGUAGCAAACAUCCGUGCGACGUGCAGCAUCAAGCCAGGCUCGAGCGCACAAACCAUGUCUCACCUCCGCGUCCUCUAGCUCGUAACGUGCACUCUCGCGGACCAGUCUCAUUACUCGCCCAUCUAAUAACCAGAACUAAUCUCACAGAUUAAACUGAGAUUUGGUCUAAGAUUGGCUGGCCAAUCUAUUUUAUACAGGCCCUCUACGCACUAUCCAUCACGUAGAACGUGAGUGACAUGUCCGAUUGCCGCAACUAUCCCCAAAAAGGGAGAAAAUAUCGUAAAACGGAAAUUAUUCCGGCUAGAAUAACGAGGUUUCGUCCAACAAUACUCCCUAAUGGUCGUAUAGUGAACUAACGAUUAGUACAAUGUAUCAUGCAACAGAGGGCAGCAGGGGAUGAAUAAUGCAUAGAGGGCUUUAACAACAAACUAGGAACCGACGGACAACGCUCCGAAUUUUAAAUAGCGAGUGCUGAAACUGGCCAUUUUUGCUUCUGUGGCUUAAGAAUGCCAAAUGAAGCUUGUAAAUGUAAUAAGCAAUAUAGUAAAGGAUAGGCGUUGGAUGAGAAUAUUAUAUGAUAUUUGGAGGUUUGAUGAUGCAAGGUAAUUUUUAAGGAUAGAGGUUUGAUAGCGGUCGAAGUUGUAAGGUUGGACAAGUUGGAUCAAUUCUAAAUUGUCGUUUACCUUCGCGGUAGCGUCGUGAUAUAAAUUACUUCAACGAAACUAAGGACUUAGGUAUGUUAUAAGAUUCGGAUGGUGAGCCGCUAUUGUAGCGGUACUCACAUCCAAUGUUUGAACCAAGUUCAUGAUAAAGUUUGACGUUGAAAAAUUGCGAAUUCGAAAGUAAACGUUUGUAGCACAAGUAUCUAGGAGUGUGGAAAUGCGACUAUUUGUUAAAUGCUCGCUCUGUGUUCUGUGCGAAUGCACGCUAAAUGAAAUUACCUAAUAUUUCAAACAGAGCUGAGCUGAACCAAGCUGCUUACGUAUAUAUUGAAGAUUCUGUCGCUUUGCAUUGCUGUGCUCGGCUUUUAUGAGCCGAAGAAUUAUGUCCAAAAAGUUAUCGGUAUAAUUUAAGUGUUUCAUUCUAAAUGUUACCGCGAAAUGUCUUAUUAGUUCAAUUAUUUAUACGAUAAUGAAGAAAUGAGUACAAUGUGCUAAUGUUACGAAGAUAUAUUAUGGAUAGUGUAGCGUACGCGUGGUGGACAUGCCCUUAGUUGGAGUAAGAUAAGUUCUGGCUGGUUCAGAUUUCUAUUUCUAAGAUUUCUACCUUCGAUAAAUACUUAGCUCGUAUUUUUUAUCUAUUGUAGUUAGAUCUGUAGCUAAAACUUAUUUUAAAGAUGCAUUUAAAGUCUAUUUACUAGCGAAAACUUGAGAGACCUUACUGAAAGUACUUACUUUAUUUAAGAUUAUGGAAAAAGAUCUUUAUUAUAAAAUGAAAACCUGAAUUCUAUUUUACCCUAGUUACAUUUUGAAUAAUUAUAAUGAGAGAUAUUCCAAAUAGAUUUCUAAUCAUCUUAAAGUACCUAAUUAUAUUUUAACGUAUAAUUUAGUCCUAAGUCGUCACUGUAAGAUAUUCCACUUCGUUUUAAUUGACGACAAUUACAAAGUUCAAUUAAGUACCUAUCAAAAACAAAUUUUAAUUACCUACCUCUCAAUACAGGGUGUAAACGGAACGUACCCAAAACACUGACAA